ACCUCUUCAGGAAGUGAAUUUGUGGAAAAUAGAAAAACGGGAGUUAGAAUGACAUAGGAGCGGGAGAGGAGGUAGAGAGAGAGAGAAACAGACCGAGGGUUUGCCAUCAAUUUGGGCCGCUACAGAACGAUAGAAUAAUUUGUGAAUUUGUAAAGCACACGGGAAGAUGCUCAUCAAAGAAUUUCGAGUAAUCCUGCCUAUAUCUGUGGAAGAGUACCAAGUGGGCCAGCUGUACUCGGUGGCGGAGGCGAGUAAGAAUGAGACCGGGGGAGGGGAGGGCGUGGAGGUGCUCAAGAACGAGCCUUAUGAGAAGGACGGCGAGAAGGGCCAGUAUACACACAAAAUAUACCAUCUUCAGAGUAAAGUUCCCUCAUUUGUGCGGAUGCUAGCGCCAGCAUCAGCCCUCAGCAUCCAUGAGAAAGCCUGGAAUGCCUACCCAUACUGUCGCACAGUCAUCACUAAUGAAUACAUGAAAGACAACUUCCUGAUCAAGAUCGAGACGUGGCACAAACCGGAUAUGGGAGAUAAAGAUAAUGUGCAUGGACUAGACGCAGAGACCUGGAAGAAGGUUGAUGUGGUGUACAUUGACAUCGCUGACAGAACUCAAGUAGAGUCGAAGGAUUACAAGCCAGAGGAGGACCCUUCAAAGAUCAAGUCAGUGAAGACAGGCAGAGGACCACUGGGACCUGACUGGAAGAAAGAGCUGCCGAAAAAGACUGACUGCCCGCACAUGUGUGCUUACAAACUGGUGACGGUCAAGUUCAAGUGGUGGGGUCUGCAGAACAAGGUGGAGAACUUCAUCCAGAAGCAAGAGAAGCGUUUGUUCACCAACUUCCACCGGCAACUGUUCUGCUGGAUCGACCGGUGGAUCGAGCUCAACAUGGACGACAUCCGGCGAAUGGAAGAGGAGACCAGGAAGGAGCUGGACGAGAUGCGAGUGAAAGAUCCUGUGAAAGGCAUGGUCGCUCUGGAGGACUGAUGCAGGACCAUGAUGCAAUGCUGCUGCUGACAAUGACGAUCAGACUAGUACCUGUAAUCACCAGCGGCAUCACUCUCUUCAGUGGUCACAGCGGUGAAGAAAUCCAACAUCAUUAUAAAAAUUGG